AUGAUGAGUCAGGUUAUUGAAGGUGGUGAUACUAGCGAUGAAACAUUUGUUGAUGAUAAUGAAUUUGAAAGUGAUAUUUAUGAUGAUGAAUUACUUAAUCAAUAUUAUAUUGAAGCAGAAUGUGAACCUGUAGAUUUAAAUGAGUCUGUUGGAGGAGGAGGUUUUUCACUUCCUUCGGAUCCUUCGGGUAAUACUGGAGAGAAAGCAACAGCUAUAAUACCUACAUCAACAGCUUCAAAUAUUAUAGGUGAUGGAAUUGGUUCUACAAGUAUUUUAAGUGAAGCAGUUGCUGCAUUGGAAAGUAUUAGCCAAGCUGCUGGUAAUCCUCAAGCUGCAUUAGCUGCAAUUCGUGCAAUUAUAGAAAGAGGUGAUGCUUUUGGUGGUCAUAUAUUUGGUAGUGGAUCGGGAUCUUCUUCUUCAGAUACACAUAAACGUUGGCGUCAAAUGUUUUCUCAAGAAGAAAUUUUGGCAGCAAAUAGUGGUGGAAAUAUUGGUGAUAAAACUGGUGGUGGUUGUGCACGUGCUAUACGUUCAGGAGGAGGUGCUGGAAUUAAUAAAUCUUCAAAUUCUACAAAUAAUAAUAAUGGUGGGUGGAAUGAUGAAUUUGUUUUGAGGCAACACUUUGAUGCUUUAAUCCCAGCUUUUGAUCCAAGACCUGGUAGAACUAAUGUUAAUCAGACUCAAGAAGUUGAGCUUGUCGAUAAUAUUCAAUUUAAUACUUACCAACCUUCUACAACAAAUACUUCAAAUAAUCACCAACAAAUUAAACCAAAAAAAUCAUGUUUAAAACAAUUACAAUUAAAGCUUUAUCUUAAAAUGGAAGUUAAUAAUAAUAAGAAAAAUGUUGUUGUUGAAAGUGUUGGUGAAGAAGAAAAAGGAAGUGAAGAAGGCAAAUUGGAAAAUAAAGAAGGAAAAAUUGCAAAAAAAGAAAUUUUGGUUGAAUUAAAUGAUGAAAAUGUUUCGUUAUUUAAAUAUGUCCAAGAAUUGCUUAUUAAAAAUUCACAACACAAAGCAACUAGUGGAGGUACUUCUUUAGAAUUAAAUAAUCAAUUGUGGGAAAAUACUUAUACUAUAAUUUAUGAAAUAAAUUCUGAUAAAAAUGAAAAAAAUGAUCAAGUUUUGAAACAAGAAGAAGUAGAGGAAAAUUUAAACUGUUUGGAUAACAAUAAAAUUUGUGGUGAAAGUAGUAAUAAUGUUCCUCUAGUUGGACAGGCUCUCGAACUCGUUCGAAUUUUAAAUUUUUUGGCAACUACAAUUAACAACCAACAAUCUUCUUUAUCAGAAAUUGAUUCUUCCACUACUUCUUUAUCUUCAUUAAAAUCAUAUGUAUUUUAUAGUGCCAAAUUAACUCAAAAAUUAUGUCAAGAAUUGGCAGAUCCAUUAGUUGUUGCUGCAAAAACUUUGCCUUCUUGGUGUAAUGAAUUAGUUUACAAAUUUCCUUGUUUAUUCUCUAUGGAUACACGUGUUAUGUAUCUUAAUACAACAGCAUUUGGAACAUCUCGUGCUAUAGGUUAUUUACAAAAUCGUCGUGAUCAUUUACUUGAACAAAGCCGUUCUGCUGCUACAUCGGCAGCUGGUACAAGUAAUAUGGCUGGAUUGAGAAGAGAAGAUCAUUAUCUUGAAUAUAGAAUUGGACGUGUUAAACAUGAGAGAAUUAAGGUUCAUCGAAGUGAUAAACUAUUUUUGGAAAAUGCAAUUAAAGUACUUAAAUUCCAUGCUACACGUAAAUCUAUUCUUGAAAUUGAAUAUUAUGGCGAAGAAGGAACUGGUUUGGGGCCUACAUUGGAAUUUUUUGCUUUGAUUGCCACAGAAUUUCAACGUAAAGAUUUGUGUAUGUGGUUAUGUGAUGAUGAGGAAGAUGCUUCAUUAAACAAAAAUUCUUCUAUUCAAUCAUCAGAUUCUUCUUCAACAAUACUCAAUCCUUGUUGUAAACCUCCAGGUUAUUAUGUCCAUUCUGUUGGUGGUUUAUUCCCGGCACCAUGGCCUACAACUACAAAUUGUGAUGCUGAUUUUUCAAAACAAUUGGAAUUUUUCCAAUUAUUUGGAGUUUUUAUUGCUAAAGCUAUACAAGAUGAUCGGCUUGUUGAUUUACCCCUAUCUCCAGUAUUUUUGAAAUUAAUUCUUUCUACAGAGUUAAAUUCUUCCUCUUCAACUCCUUCAUCAAUUGAUUCAGUUCUCAAUUUGGAUGAUUUUAUGCAAAUAUUCCCAGAAAAGGCAAAAUUGCUCAAAUCAUUAAUUGAAUAUAAUUUAAAAAUAAAAGAAUUAAAUAAUAAAAACGAUUCUGAAAAAAUACUUGUGCAAUUUGGGGAUUCUGAAUGUUCCUUGGAAGGUUUGGAAAAUUUUAAAUUAAAAAAUUUUUAUUAUUUUUUUGAUUUAUUUUUGCGGACUAAAAAUUUUUUUGCGGACAAUUUUUGCGGAUUUUUUUUCUUCCUGGUUUCUUUUAAUUAAUAUUUAUUUUUUUAUAUCUUAUUUCUUAUUAUUAACAAUUGGUGAUGU